AUGGCAACCCUUAGAAACUUUCGUGAGCUUUUGCAACCGUUGACAUAUUACUCCAAAAAAAUAGGAGUCGAGGUAUGGACGGCUCCGGGCAAAUUUCUGCCAGCAUCAUACUAUUUAUCAGCUAUGGUAGCUACGUACUUUAUCAGCACUGCAUCUACAGUAGCCAAGUACAGGCACGAUCCACUGCACAUGAUGAAAGUUCUCGUUACACUGGGUACCGUUCUGCAGGGAAGCGAUGUGAAGCUGUUAAACGAGAAAAUAGAGCUUGAAGUGCUGGAACGAUAUGAGAAUGGAACGAAGGAAGAAAUGGCGGUACUCGAACGAACUGGUCGCUACCUUUGGAUCAUCUUUCGAAUGACACGCAUUUCAAGUGCAUGUGCAGCAGGAGGGUUUAUGCUGUAUCCUUUAUUUGCGUACUUCACAACAGGAAUAGUAGUGCCAUUGUUGCUGUACGAGCUACCGUUCAUCGAUUGUAACACCACUACGGGAUACAUCGUAAAUAUGUUGUUCCAAAUAAAUCUGCUCGUGUACGGUGUGAUGGGGAUCAUAUUCGCCGACUUCCUAUACAUAAUGUAUGCAACGUACGCAAUGACAGCGGCAGAUAUUUUUAUGGUGCAUCUUGUUGAGUUGGAAAUCUUGUUAAAUGAUCCUAUGCAGCAUGAUACUACGAGAUCAGAAGUACGCGAAUUGUGGUUAAAGUGCAUGUACGAUCAUCAGCUGACUACCAGCUUGUUGAACAUAAUUGAAGACAUUUUUGGACUCCAAUGUCUAGCACAAGUGGCUAUGGGAGUGUUUACUAUAUGCGAUUGUUUGCUGCUAGUAACAUUGACCGACUGGUAUCCUACGUACUGUUUUUUCUUGGUUAUGUUCACGGAACUUACUGUCUAUUUUAUCGUUGGACAUAUUGUUGAACUUAAGAUUGAUGAAAUGUACCACAAAGUGAUCUCGAUGCCAUGGUAUAAGCUACCGGUAAAGGAACAGAAAGAGUUUUGCUUCCUGAUGGCCAGACAACAGCGUCCCAUGAUGUUGACAGCGUAUGGAUUUCAUCCAAUGAACUUUGAAGCGUACAUGAGCGUGUUGAGAGGCUUGUACCAGUUUUUCGUAAUGAUCUUGCAGUACGUUGGAUAA